CAAUUUGUCACAUUACAGCCCAGAAUUCACGAUUCCUUACUUGCCUGAUUCCGUUCGUUUCCUCGAUUUCUCUCUCUCAGAUCGGGAACAGAUAAAAGUUUCCUCCUUUUUUUCUUCUUCUUCUUCUACAGAUGCCACAUUUUGGUUUGCGGUGGCGAAGAAAAGGAAAACGUUUUUGAUUCAAUCUCGUGAAAAAUGGGUUUUCUGAAUUUUGUCUUCAGAUAUUCAAGCCUCUACAUUUUGAUCCUCUGCCUAUCUUUCACCAUCCAUUGUUUACUCCUCGUCAAAUCUCAAGAACAACCUCUGAUUCAACCGCCUCCGCCUCCGCCACCUCCACCGCCACCACCACCACCACCACCACCACCUUCGCCUCCACCUCCUUCUCCUCCUCCUCCUCCUCCUCCGCCUCCGCUUGUCAAUGUGACAGGCAUUUCUCCACCGCCUCCGGUACCGGAAAUAAUUGAAGAACCGCCUCCACCGCAACCGCAGCCUAGGUCAGAAUCCCUUCCACCGUCUCCUGAGCCACCGCAACGGCGGUCUGGGUCACCGGAGAAAUCUGAGAGAGGUGGAUUAAACAAAGGGAAGACGGUGGGACUAGUCUUUGCUGGGUUAAUCGCAAUGUUGCAGGUCUUGGUUGUUGCCUUCUUGGUUUUCAAGAGAAGACAGCUUCUCAAAUCCAAAGACACUCACUGAGAUGCUAAAAUUGUCUGGGAUUGACCAUAACUUCUUUUGCUCGUUUCAAAGUCAUUUUGGUAAAUUGCUAACUAGAUUCAAGAAUAGAGAGGAGAGAGGGUUUUAGGUCCAAGGAAGCUGCAAGUGUGAAACUCACAAUGUAAAACUGUU